AUGAGGCUUUCAUAUCUACCGGUUCUCGAGCGGUUCGUGAGCGGUUCCAGAAGAAUUCGAUCAAAUCGAGGAUCGGAAAGCGGUACGGAUCCAGCCGGUCCGGCUUCCGCGCGACUCAGUCUCAAUAUCAAGCCAACCAACACCACAGAUUCACCAACGACACUGACGAAUUCGAGACAAGCUCAACGGCAGCAAAGCUUACAAAAAGCUGACGAGCAGCGCCACCGGCCAUCUAAUUUCCAUCUGUUCGGAUUCGGUAUGACUUCCAAGGCCUAUUUGCAGAGUGGCUUCCUUGACCGCACCACCACUUUAUCUGGAACUACUCCUCCAGAUCUCUCCACCAACCCCAGGAAAGCCCUCGAGGAUGCCAAAACAGAGCAUAAACGCGAAGCUAGCGUUUACGACGCCGUUGCUGGUAGAGUAUCCUCGCAUGGCUUCAUCUCCAAGUAUGCGGCUUUCUCCUCUGCUCGAGAUACUACGUCUUCGUCAGCUACCGCGGCCGCCCCAGAAAAUGUUUUAUUUCGUCGAAAGCAUGCGCCUCAACGGUUCGCCGAGCAUGACAUCUAUUUCGCCAAUGAUCGGCAAAGUGCAGCCAGAGACCUUCCGGAGUCCGAUCUCUUGAAGGCCUUACACUGCUAUGCUUCUGAUUACUAUUCUCGCACUCACAAUGAUGUGGUUGACUGGAGAAGCAUGGACGAGACAGCCUUGAUAGCGCUUGGCGUUUUGAUGGAAGAAGCCACGAGGCUAGAGCAAACCGAAGACUUUGUUCUGACAGAAGGCCAAUUAAUUGAUCGAGAAUUGCCCUCCGAAACAAGAGUCGACCGACAUAUUGAUGCGGAAUUGAAGCCAAAUAAAAGGCCAACCAAAAAACGACGAAUAGUCAAAGACCAUACCAGCGACAAUAGCAAUAGCGAAUAUUACGACUCAUAG